UCCCCCCUCAGUUUCAACUCCUCUUUCUCUUUCCCUUUCUCACUCUCUCUCCAAUUAUUUUAGCUAUUCUUAAAAAUCGCUCCUUUAAAAUCAAAUUCCAAACAGUACAAAACCAAACCUUUCUUUAAGAUGCCCCCUUCUUUCUCUUUCUUCUUCUGCUUCUUCUUCUUCUUCAUACUCAUGCUCAAGGCUUCAACUUUAUGUUCCUUGUCAUGAACUCAUGCUUUUUGAAGACUAUUUUUAGAUUGUUCUUGUCUCCGCUAUGGAUUUCGGUGUUCUCGGGUUGGAGGGUCUGGUGGGUCCUGAGAGCGCCGGCGCUUCAUCUCAACCGCCGCCGGCCCCCGACACAAAUCACAACGUUCUCGGAUCUGGGUUUGUCAGGCAAGAGAGAUCUAGGCCCGGCGAAGAUGACUGGAGGACCUCCAAAGUCGCUAAGACAAUGCCGUUGCACCAGGCAACAACUUCUCCUCUCUUGAGAUCUAAUACUAAUUCCGCCGUCGCUGCUGAUACAUCCAGCCAACAAGGGCAUAUGCUGAGCUUCUCUUCCGCACAAUCUGAAGUUCCAUUUCUGACUAGAGAUUGCGGAAUGUUGCUGCAGAGAAGCUCGCAGAAUACUCCUCCAUACCACCAGCCUACUGCUGCUACUGCAUCUGGUUAUGCUAGAAAUGCAGGUUAUGUUUCUGGAAGCUUGAAUGCGACCAUGCACGGGCAUUUUGCUGGAGGCAGAGGCCCAUUCAGUCCAUCUCAGUGGAUUGAAUUAGAACAUCAAGCCUUGAUCUACAAGUACAUCACAGCAAAUGUGCCUGUACCCUCGAAUUUGCUCAUGUCUCUCAAAAAGUCCCUUUACCCAUUUAGCUUGACCGGCUCCUCUGCUGGAUCCUUGUCUUCAAAUUCCUUGGGAUGGGGGUCUUUCCAUCUGGGUUUCUCCGGCAGCACGGACCCUGAGCCAGGGCGGUGCCGACGAACUGAUGGGAAGAAAUGGCGGUGCUCCAGAGACGCGGUUGCCGAUCAGAAGUACUGCGAAAGGCACAUAAACAGGGGCCGCCAUCGUUCAAGAAAGCCUGUGGAAGGCCAGAUCGGCCAUGCAGCAACUGGUCCUGCUGCCAAUUCAAAGUUGGCAGUGGUGCCGCCGAUGACUUCUUCCAUGUCAUCAACAUCGGCGAUAGUACCCAGUAGCGGCGCACCCAACAGUCUUGCAAUCUCGCAGCACCAACUCAAGAAUUUGAAGCCUGUCGUGGCCAAUCGGCCCAAUCCUUCUGCUGACUCUCUCAUCAACAGAGUACAAGAUCCGUGCGAUCUAUCAACUUUGUCUUCCGCGAUCAAUGGGAAAUCUAACAACACUGCUUUUAGCAUUCAAAAACAAGACAUCCUGUUGGAAGAAUCAUCUCACUCAGAGUUUGGGCUUGUUUCGUCGGAUUCCCUCCUUAACCCUUCGCAAAGGAGCGGUUACAUGAGCUCAAAAAACUAUGUGUCAUACCUUGACUUUGGAGAUCAAGAAACGCAAGAACAACAUCCGUUUCACCAAUUUAUGGAUGACUGGCCAAAAGAUCAAUCUAAUCAUUCUGUUAUUACUUGGCAUGAAGAGCUAAAAUCGGACUGGACCCAGCUCUCGAUGUCAAUCCCUAUGCCAUCUUCGGAGUUUUCAUCAUCUACAUCCUCCCCCACGCAAGAGAAACUUGCCCUCUCACCACUUAGGUUAUCUCGCGAAUUAGAUCCAGCAAUACAAAUGGGUUUGAGGCUGAACAGCAACAUUGGUGAGCUGAGCAAAAAGCGAAAUAACAUGGUGCCACCGAUCUCUUGGGGAAGUUCAAUGGGAGGUCCUUUGGGAGAGGUCUUAACCAGCACCAGCAACAGUUUGGCUACAAUCAAGAACUCAUCAGCAGCACUUAACCUGAUUAGCGAAGGCUGGGAUGGCAGUCCACAGUUAGGCUCUUCGCCAACUGGUGUCUUGCAGAAGUCAGCAUUUGGCUCUCUCUCAAACAGCAGCUCAGGGAGCAGCUCAAUAGCUGAGAACAAGAAAGGCAAUGAGGGGGCCAGCCUCUGCGAUGACGUGCUUGGCUCUUCGUUAGCCAGCUCCUCCAUCCCAUCUAUGUGAUGCUGAACAAUCAGAAAGUCAGAGACCAAACAAGAGGCUUUGUUGUAACUUUGUUUGAUCCAAUUUGGUUGUUUUGUCUUUGUUUCAAGACGUUUUAGUGUAUGAAUUUUUAGAAUUUUCGGAUUAGGGACUUGGGUUAAAGCAAUCGAGAAUAUGCGUUGGCCCGUUCUGACUGAUCUUCGAUUUCUCAGUAAUCUCUCUAUAGUUUGUGAAUCUGAAGCAACUAAUUAAUACCCUUUUAUUAUUUUCUUUUAUUCUUAUUUUUCAGUUGUCUUAUA